AUGAAGUACGAAACUCAGUCAGGUCCGCCAACAGCGCCGCCGCAUUUAACAUCCUCCGGGGUUGAGCCGCCUCACAGCAGUCAAGGGACAGGCAUCGUGGUCGGUGGUUCGCCCGCGGAGGUUGUCGGAGUGGACAGUUUACUGCUGUCGCCAUGGGGAGCGACUGGUCCGGACUUCCUGGAGCCUCCCGACGUCAAGCAAACGGCAGCUGGUCUGCAGGAUGCAUGGGACACCCUACUUCUCGGUUCGUCGGUCGGCGUCGCCUCGGCUCAAUCGCUGGCAGAAUUGAAACCUCUUCCACCCUUCACCGGCUAUACCGGACAUUUGAGCAUCAACGGUAUACCUGGUCAUCACUAUCACACGAUAGCGUCGUCCGCGCAGAGGCCGUCGCUACCAUCCUCAUCGCCAACGUCUUCAUCGAAUCAAGAAUAUUACGAGUCACCGGUCGUAUCCUCCAGCACGCCGUGCCCGCAGGGUAGCCAAAAGCAGCAACAACAGCAACAACAACAGCAACAGCAUCACCAGCACCAACAGCAGCAGCAGCAGCAGCAGCAACAGCAGCAGCAGCAACAACAGCAACAGCUGCCACAGUCGACGCAACAAGUGGAUUACGAUAUCGAAGAUAUAGCAGAGAUCAUUGGUUCGGCGAUAGCGGACACAACAGUUCCUGGUGGUGGAAACGGGGCAGGUUCGGAGCACGACCCGGACGCGUCGCGCGAUUGGAUCGACAUUGCCGAGUGGAUCGAUACCGCGUGCUCGCCGAAAGCUCAAGAAACUACGUCGCCAAGCCCGUAUUCGCAGAUAUACGGGACGGCGACACCUUCGACGCAAGCACAGCAGCACGGCUCGACCUUGCAGAGUUUGCUGACGCAUGGGUACGCGCCGUUGAUCAACGCCAGGUUGCAAUCCGCGAAUGCUGGCCUACAAAAUGCAUCCUGCGGCGAGACUCCGUCGUCGACGAGCCCCUACCCACCUGUCAGUCCACCUGGCAGAGUCUCAACCUCGUGCAGUCCCGAUCAUUUGCUGCACUCGUCGUUCGCGGCACCUUCUCACCCCAGAAAGAGGUCACGGCCUACUCCAAGCUCUCAGAAUACAUCGAAGAAGAGUCCAGGCACGGGUGCGACGGCACUACCGUACGGAACGGAAUCUGGCCUGAUAGGCGGCAAGGAGAAGCCGGUGCAUAGGUGUUCCAUCUGCAACAGAGGAUUUCUAAAUAAGAGCAAUAUCAAGGUGCACUUGAGAACGCAUACGGGCGAGAAGCCGUUUAGGUGUGAAGUAUGCGGCAAAGCCUUUAGGCAGAAGGCGCACCUCAUUAAACACCAACAGAUUCACAAAAGGAUCGGCAGGGAUUAGAUCGAUGGAGCGGUUUCUCUCUAUUGUGGGGAGAACGUAUCGAGCGUACCUAAAUUACUGUAAGUACCUAUGGCGAAAUGGCGUUGAUCGAAACGUUAAGACGUCGAAACGUCGACGAAUCGAUCGUUAUGUAACGUGUUUAAUACGAUUCGUUCGAGGAAAAUCAACGAGAAGCUGAUGCGUUGUUAAACGGGUUGCUAAACGAGGAAUCUGAUUCUAUCAAGCGUAUGUGAGUGGGCAAACUUAGGCCGAACCUAACGAAACCGUGCCGAACGAUAAUUUUCGGUCUCGAGAAAAGAUAGGCGGCAGUGCGUAAUUCCCAGGUGCAAUAUCGAGCAGGAUCGAGAAUCUCGUAGAUGGGUAUGAAGCCUUCGAUCGGGACUCGACCAACGAUUCUUCUGCGGGGGUGAAUUCAGAGGAAGUGAGAUGAUCUCUUGUGCUGUGUUACAUUGACGACGUUAAAUUGUGCGUGCAUGCCACUGUUGCGAGGUGUGUAUAUAUACGUGUCGAUAACAGAGCACACGUACGCGGGUACGUGCGUAUACAUACGUAGAAAG